AUGUGGAACGCUUGCUUGGGCACAGUCACCGCAGAUGGCUGGGUCUUGUCGGUCGACUUCUCACCGGACGGUAGGACGAUUGCCUCAUCAGGACGGGACGGCAAGAUACGGAUUUGGGACGCGCUGACGUGCGCCCUGCUAUCAGUCCUCUCCGGUCAUUCCGAGAAAGUUUUCUCUGUCAAGUAUUCUCCAGACGGCGCUCGCAUAGUGUCUGCUGCUGCGGACAGAACAAUCAAGAUCUGGGACGCAGUGUCCGGCGUGCUCCUCCGCACCCUGGAAGGGCACACGGACGACGUGAACUGCGCAGUCUUCACACCCAACGGCGGCCGUGUCGUGUCUGGUUCCGGGGAUUGUUCCCUCAAGAUCUGGGACACGGAGACGGGUGCCUGUUUGAAAACACUGACCGCACACGCCGGAGACCAUCAUUCCGCUUGUCUCUGGGACAUUGCAACAGGCAAGCUCAUUCGCAAAUUUGUCGGACAUACGGAUAUAGUCUGCUCCGUCGCCUUCUCGCUGGACGGCAGACGUAUCGCAACGAGCUCAGAGGAUACGACUGUCGUCAUUUGGGACGUUGCCACUGGAGCAUCUCUGGUGACGUGUAGGGGCCACAAGGGCCCGGUUCACUCUGUCACCUUCUCUCCCAGUGGAAAACGUGUUGCAUCCGGAGGCUUUGACAACCUUGUUCUGGUGUGGAAUGCAGAGAGAGGGGACCUGCUCCGAGAGCUGGAGGGCCACGCUUACGCGGUGUCGUCGGUUGCCUUUGCUCCCGGCGAGGACGUCAUCAUUUCCUCCGACUGGCGCAGCACCAUGCAACUCUGGGACGCCAAAUCUGGUGCUUGUCUCCUCGUCCUCGACCCACACACACACCUGGUACCGCACCCUACACCUGUCCCCCGACGGCUCCGGAGUCCUAGUCGACGGCGGCAAACGACUUGUCCGGCUGUGGGCCCCUGUCGAUGCGGACGCACAGGUGACGACCCGGCUCCCAUGGCUUCCGCGCCACGCCUGGCCUAUAUACUACAUCGACGACGGCUGGAUCUUCUCAUUGACGCCGUCCCGGCGGACGCGGCUGUGCUGGGUUCCACCGAGCUGGGAGGGCUUAGCAGGAUACUAUGGGCACGAUGUGGUAUUUGGAAACGGGUAUAAGCUAAAUUUCGCAGCGUUGAGUAGGUAUCUAGAGAACUAGCACAGUGAUCGCACGUAAUACUAUGUUCGGAACGUUGUGCGCCUUCGCGUAGCAUAGAUAGAGCAUAUUUCGAUGGUACAGGCCCGGGGAUACGUCAUCUCUAAGUAAAAUGUAUCACAUUCAUCAAUGUAUGACAUGCGUAUGAGUGGUGUUACAUGGAUGCCGUGAUAACAGUCCAUCUGAUCUGUGAAGGCGGUGAAAGUUGUGGCACGGACGUCAAAGUCGUGAAACAAUGGGCGAGCUUGGCUGGUCGGCAGACGGCAGGUUUUAUCGGCGAACAACCACAGCCAAUGCCAAGCGACACUAACGGCGACCAUGAAGCGAUGCUCCGCGCGAGCUCGUUGCCGCUCGUCUUGAGGACCUCGAGUCCGAGUGACCAAACACUUGGUCUUGCCCUUGCAUGCGGCGUUUGACCUGAUACUCACUGGUCCCAUGCGAGGCUAAACCACAACAACCGCUCCUACUACUGAUGCAGUGUCGACCCUCUGCGCUGCGUCGGCCGGGAAUCGGCGCCGGUAGCAGACGGCACGGCACCGCGAGGCCUUCUGACGUGCCCUCUGCGGUUAUUGUGCUCGCACCGCACCGGUCAGGCGCCUCGACGUUCUCCUCGUCUUCCUCAGGGUCGUCGAGAGCGCAAGUCGGCUCGGCGCCGCCGUGGCUGAAGUGUGGAGUUGGAAGACUCGUACCAGCCAGUGAAGACGCGCUGUCGCGGAGGAGGGAGGGGGGGGGGGCGAGGCGCGAGGCGCGAGGCGUUCAGGUAUUUGAGGUGCGUGAGGAUCAGCCUUGGAGAGUCAUCGAGUCAUUAUAGACACGAUAUAAACGGCUAUUAGAAUUGAUGGAGAUGGGGAAGAUGCUAUCUUCGAGCAGCAGGAAGGGCAUGGGCGUUAGGAGAGCGGGAGUGGAAGGUGACGUUGUUGCUGCCGUACCCACAGGGCAGCGUCGUAGGAGGCCUCGCAGGCGCACGCAGAGUUGGGGCUCCACUUUGUCCUCGUGUUGUCCCAGUUCUCGAUGAAGAACACCUAGGAAAGGUGGACGUUCAUGCCAGUAGCGAUGACUUCGUGUUGCUGAUCGUGACCGCCCACAAACACACGUGGACUCGCUUGGCCCGAGAGUCUCGAAGGAGCGCAGAAGUAUAGAUAUCCACUCGGUUCGUCGGGUGGGCAAAACACGACCUGGCUCGCAGAGCAUCGUGCGCUGCGAGGAAGAUUGAGC